CAGCUUUAAAAGAAGGGGCAAAUGGGGAGGGAAGCCUGCAAAGGAAAGGAGGAGUGCUGCCUUCCUCCAAAUCCUGAUAUCUGCAGCCACUAGUUGCUGCCACAAGCUCCACUUUGUUUGCCAGGUUACAGCGCUGAGCUUCAUCUUCUGCAGUGACUUCAAUGGGGAGGCAUUCCUGCUGCUACAAGCAGAAGCUGAGGAAGGGGCUCUGGUCUCCUGAGGAGGAUGAGAAACUCCUCAACCAUAUAACCAAGCACGGCCACGGCUGCUGGAGCACUGUCCCAAGACUUGCUGGGCUUCAGAGGUGUGGCAAGAGCUGUAGGCUGCGGUGGAUGAACUACUUGAGGCCUGACCUGAAACGAGGUGCAUUUUCUCAGGACGAAGAAGACCUCAUCAUUGAACUCCACGCUGUCCUUGGGAACAGGUGGUCUCAGAUUGCAACAAGGCUGCCAGGAAGAACUGAUAAUGAGAUCAAGAAUCUAUGGAACUCAUGCAUCAAGAAGAAGCUGCGGCAGCAAGGCCUCGACCCCAAUACUCACAAGCCCCUCACCGAGGCUGAUCGCAGCAAGGCAGCUCCCAUCAUCAGUACUGAAAGAACCUCUGAGUUCAGUGAUGUCGACCAGUCGAGCGGUGGUGCUCUUGGCAACUUGGGCCACCUUCUCAGCGAGACAGCGCAAUCACCAGAGCUCUUUCCAUUGCCUGGUAAGCAUCACAUGAAAGCUGCAAGCUUAGCAGGGGUGAAGGUGCCACCGAAGGAAUUCUUCCUCGACCAGCUUGCUUCUGGUCAUGAGAAACUACCCAGUUGUCAUUCAUCAGUCCCAGUUCCCAAUUUCCCUUUCCGGCAGCUGCUUUCCUACAACAACGAGUUCAGCAGCAGAGAUGCUGGAAGCAUGAACUCGCUUUGGUUUAACCAGAACGAGUCCAGUGGCAGUGUGAUUUCCACCGUGAUGCCACCAGUUUCACCAUCAACUCACUCAACAUCCACGGUGCUCAAUUCAUCACCAGAAAAUCCACAUUCGGGCAUCCACAGUGCCCAAUUCUACUGGGAUGCAGCUAAUCCUAGCAGCAGUUGCAGUACUCGAAGCAGUGGAAACAACAACUUGGGAUUCGAGCUGCAAAGUACAGGCUCGCUUGUAGAGAACAGCAUCUUCCCGUGGACAGAUUUAGCACGAGACAAAGAUGGCCAGGUGCAACUAGAGGAAGAACUCAAGUGGCCUGACUUGCUCCAUGGUACCUUCCCAGAGACAUCGACAGCAAUGCAGAGCUUUAGCAAUUCACUGUAUGAAGAUGUGGUGAAGGCAGAGAGCCAAUUCAACAUGGAGGGGCUGUGUGCAGCCUGGUCUCAAAAUCUGCAGCCACAACAACAUCUCCAGGUAAAAGAAGAUAUCUAUGACAAGGAUUUGCAAAGAAUAUCCUCGCCUUUUGAGAAUAUUUAGGAACCAUGUUCCAGAAUGCAAGGAACAGAGCAGUAGCAGAAAGUUGGGAGUUUCUUCAUAGAUACGUUUACAGGUUAAGAGGAGGUAUUUGCAUAGAUACUUUUGAUGACACAGAAAUCAACAUCAAUUGCUGUGCAACUUUUGAAGAUACUGCAGAGCAAUAGGAAAAAAGGUGUGUGCAUUGCAGCACAAUGUGUAGAAAAGUACAUUUCAGAGUCUACCUUUCUUUGUCUUGAAAUUUGAUGUCUUCAUCUGUACAUGCAUGCAGCUCGACUUUUUGUAUACAUGAGUUUUGGUGUGAUCUUUAUUUGUUAUAAGUAAAUAUAGACAGAAUACUGCAUGUGUCGGUAGGUUCUGGAGACCAUACAAGUAGCAUCAGACUUUUCAACUGUUGCCAUGCACGUCGAACAAAUUUAAUUAUUGCAUGGUGUAUCUUUAUCA